CUUACUUUGAAAACCGUUCAUACUUUGCUCUUCCACUUUCAGUGCAAAAUUACAACAAGUAAAUAUAUUGUCUUCCUGAGUAUUAUGUCUAUGAGAAACCUACAGCUACCACUUUUGUGCAACUUUCAAUCUAAGCAUUUACGAAUUGUUCUUUUCUGUAGAAAAUGUAUAAUGACAGGGCAACAGUAGAGAACCGGAAAUUCUCCGUAACUUUCAACGUAUGAAGUAAAACGUGGAAAUUAAUGAAUUUGUAGUGUACAAACUCAACAGACUAGCAUUUGUUAAAGUUAGGAGCAUUUAAAUACUUGAGUGUAGAAAACUUAAUAUUAAAAACCUGUCAAAACACUAAAAGAGAAGCUUACAAAGAUGGCAAUGCGAAGGGAUGCCUAGAAGAAAUGUUCUACUUCUGUAUUCUGGAACAGGAUGUAUAUCUGGAAAUGAAAACGAUUAUAAUUCUGACAUUAUGCAAGCACUUUAACUUCAUUUAGUUACUUUGGUUCUUCUGGGUGCUAUGUACGGAAAACGAAGAAACCGAUUUUCAUACUCUGCUUGAAGUGGUUUCAAUUUUCUAUCAGUGUUAGAUACUUAUACAAAUUAUAUGAUCUUAUUUCAUUUUAUUGUAAAUAAUUUAAAGUUUAACAAAAUAACAAUAAGAAACGAACGUUGAUUCUUGAAAAGAGAUAACACAAGACCCUUUAGCCAAACAACAAUGGAAAUCAGUAACUUGAUUGACAAACAUACGCUUAUGACAAGAAACCUGAACGUUAUUCAACCAAACGAGAAAUCCUACAGCAGUUCGGGCAACGAUGUGAGAAACACAGGUUCAACAACAAGAAACGUUGCUGGAUACAACACAACAACUGCAACAGCCACGUUACUGCUCAUCAACAGCACAAACCAAAGUUGGAUAGACCAAAUUCUGACGUCUGGCAGCGAGGAAACUGAUGAUACUUGGGAAGAGUCCUUGAUAAUAGCUUUGAAAUCAUCCAUCAUGGGCUUCAUAAUAAUGGCUGCCUUAUUUGGCAACCUCCUGGUCAUCGUCAGUGUGAUGAGGCAUCGUAAACUCAGAGUUAUAACGAACUAUUUCGUUGUGUCGUUAGCUCUAGCAGACAUGUUGGUGGCUUUGUGCGCCAUGUGUUUCAACGCGAGCGUUGAGCUAACGGGAGGAACCUGGCUGUUUGGUUACUUUAUGUGUGACGUGUGGAACUCCUUGGAUGUGUACUUCUCCACCGCUUCUAUCCUCCAUCUUUGUUGUAUAAGUGUAGAUCGGUAUUAUGCCAUAGUCCAGCCAUUGGAUUAUCCUCUGAUUAUGACACAUGCGAAGUUGGCAAUCAUGUUAGCUGUUGUGUGGUGUUCGCCUGCUCUUGUAUCCUUCGUUCCGAUAUUCAUGGGUUGGUAUACGACAGAAGAACAUCUGGAAUUCCGCAGGAAGCAUCAGGAUAUCUGUGGAUUCACCGUCAACAAGCCGUACGCUGUAAUCUCCUCGAGUGUGUCCUUCUGGGUGCCUGGAGUCAUCAUGUUAUUCAUGUACUACCGCAUCUACAUGGAGGCAGAUCGGCAGGAGAGAAUGUUGUACAGGAGCAAAGUGGCUGCAGCACUGCUCAACAAACACCUGCAGAUAAACGGAAUCAGCGCAGGCAUCACGUCCUUGCAACAGCCACUCAACUGUGACGCCAUGCCCGGAGCGACUGGCCCGGAGUCCGUUACGGAACCCAUCGCUAGCAGCAGCAAGAUGAAACGGGAGAGAAAAGCUGCUCGCACCCUGGGAAUCAUCAUGUCUGCCUUCCUCGCCUGCUGGCUCCCCUUCUUUCUAUGGUACAUCAUCACGACCUUGUGCGGAGACAAGGUGUGUUACUGCCCUCCUGUGGUGGUAGCCACGGUCUUCUGGAUAGGGUACUUCAACUCCGCGCUCAACCCUCUGAUCUACGCGUACUUCAACCGAGAAUUCAGAGCGGCCUUCAAGAAAACACUCCAGUCCUGUUGUUACCACAUCCUGCUCGUCAGGUCGCGUAGCAGAAACAGGUUUUGCAUGAACUUGUGCAGGAGACGCGGCGAGAAUGGUCUAAGGGACGGGGAAUAUGCCACGAGGCGAGAUAUAUCCAACAGCAAUGCAUCUUCGGAGAUCCACAUGAAUAAUCAUCUAAGAUCGAACGGGGGAGGCACAAGAGAUUCCUCUGGGAGUGGAGGUAUAGCCCAAAAUGUUAGCGACGUUAUAGAAGUAAACGAAGGUCAAUUAGAGGACGUAAUUUAAUGUUAUAAAGCUAUAAGGAAAAAUAUUACGUGUAACAGCCUCGGUAUGCUGAAACUUACAGCGCUUUACACGCGAAGUGAUUUUUCUAUUCACAGAUAUUGCAUUAAGGGAAGAAAAGAUUUCUGUUAGAAGGAUUUCAUAGAAGGAUGAAAUUACUGCCUGUUUUAGGUAGAUCUUUCUUUUAUUUAACGAGGUUUUCAGUAUUAUGUAAGAUCUGAGA